AUCACACAAACCCAGUGUCAAGAGAUGUGUAAAUGAGUGUUAGUCUGUCAAAGCAUGGUUAGGGUGAAGUUUACUUCGCAUUAGAUUGAAUCAGUGGGAUUGGUACAGGUCACACCCCUUAUUCCUUUGUUUAUUUAUGUGCACAGCGUCAAGGAAGGUGCAAAGUGAUUGAAUUGAAAAUUUAGAGAAAGAUGAAUCCUCAAGGAGUACCCCCUAUGACCGGGGCAGCUGGUCCGGUGUCUCGCGUUGAGCUUCGUGUCGAGUGCAAAGAUCUGAAGAAAAAGGACGAAUUUUCAAAAUCUGACCCAUGUGCUGCUCUAUAUGUGCUGUCUAGAAAAAGUCAGAAAUGGGAGGAGAUUGGACGUACAGAGCUGAUCAAAAAUUGCCAUGACCCCAAGUUUGCCCAUGCCUUCACUGUGGAUUAUUUCUUUGAGGAAGUACAGAAAGUGAAAGUAGAAGUGUAUGACCUAGAUAAUGAAACAGCAUCCCUUGCAGAUGAUGACUUUUUGGGCAUGAUUGAAUGCAAUUUAGGAGUGAUAGUUUCUCGAAAUCCCUUCAGUGCACCUCUGCUGAAAAAGGAUGGAAAACCCAUGGGAGGAUCCACAAUCACAAUCAGAUCUGAAGAGGUAAAAGAGGGAGGAGAAAUGGUUCACAUGAAGUUUAGAGCCACCAAACUCGACAACAAGGAUUUUCUUGGAAAGUCAGAUCCAUAUCUAGAAAUUUCAAAGAGAGCUGCGGAUGGAUCUUGGCAAGUCGUUCACAGGACAGAAGUUAUAAAGAACACAUUGAAUCCUGUGUGGCGGCCAUUUUGUCUUUCCUCUUUUGUUUUGUGUGGAGGAAACAAAUCUCAAGAGAUAAAGUUUGACUGCUACGAUUAUGACAGUGAUGGGUCACAUGACUUUAUCGGUGCAUUCACCACUACCCUAGAAGACAUGGAGUCCAAAACUCAGGGAGGAAAGGAGGCCCAGUAUCCCUGCAUUAAUCCUAAGAAACAGUCCAAGAAGAAGUACCAGAACUCAGGAGUUAUACACCUUACAGAGCUCAAGAUAUUCCAGAGACCAUCAUUUCUAGAAUUUGUGUAUGGUGGCAUGCAAAUAAAUUUUACAGUGGGAAUUGACUUUACUGGAUCCAAUGGAAAUCCUGCUAAUCCCACUUCUCUUCAUUACAUCAACCCUUAUCAGCCCAAUGAAUACAUGCAAGCCAUACAGGCUGUGGGCAAUGUCUGUCAGGAUUAUGACACGGACAAGUUGUUUCCAGCUCUAGGAUUUGGAGCCAAGCUUCCAGACGGACAAGUGUCAAUGGAGUUUGCAAUCAAUUUCAACCCCAGCAACCCUUAUUGUGCAGGAAUUGCUGGUGUCCUUGAGGCCUACAAAGCUUGCAUACAAAGGGUGACUCUCUAUGGCCCGACCAAUGUAGCUCCCAUCAUCUACCAUGUAGCUAGAUUUGCUGAGCAGGCCCAGAAAGAAGAGGCUGAAAAAGGGGCACAUGCCUAUUUUAUCUUACUACUUCUGACUGAUGGCAUCAUCACAGACAUGGACAGAACAAGGGACGCCAUUGUCUAUGCCUCGGGUCUACCCAUGUCCCUCAUUAUUGUGGGGGUGGGGGAGGCAGACUUCAGUGACAUGAACUUCCUGGACGGGGACAAUGGAGUCCUAAAGGGGGCCAAUGGCAGACCCGCUCUGAGAGACAUCGUCCAGUUUGUGCCCUUCAGGGAUUUUAAGAAGACUACUGGUGCUGAACUGGCCCGUCAUGUGCUAGCCGAAGUUCCACAACAAGUGGUCCAGUACUAUGAAAUUAGGAAAAUUCCCCCCAAACCACGACCCACUCAAACCUAAUUAAAAGGGAGACAACUGGUUGAUUUAAUUUUGAGGGUAACCAACCAAGAAGAGGCAACUUUUAUGCUACAGAAUUUGUUGACAUUUGUAAAAUUGUUAAUACUAUAGUUAUAUUAUAAUGUUGUAUGUUCGCCAAGUGGAUAGGACUUGCAUGUUAUGGUGCAAUUAUUUCAAUUUCUUUUGUUCUCAUACAGGUAUUCAUUGAAUAUUUGUUGCUUGUUCUUCAGAGUAAGUGUAAUUUAGCUACAUACUUGUAGCUGCACUUGUAUGAUGUAAUGCUUGCCUUUAAGCUUAAUUAAUUCAAAUGUACCUAGUCAUUCUAUAUAUAUAUAUAUAUAUAUAUAUAUAUAUAUAUAUAUAUAUAUAUAUAUAUAUAUAUAUAUUUUUUUUUUGUUAUUUUUUGCUACUAAAAUUUAUGUUUCAACAAUUUAUAUUGGUGAGAUGUGAGGGAUAUUUGACCCUUAUUUUCUUUUUUAUAAUACAUGAACAACUUUUUUUUCAGUUUGUAGUAUAUGUAUUUACAAUUCUAAGCAACUUUUUUUGCAUUUGCAUUAUAUAGUUAAAUACAUAUCAUUUGCUUUAUUAUAUUUAUAGAAAAAUCUUUUAUCUGUUGUAAGUUAUUUUAAAAGACAAUUAAUAGAUUAGAUGAGUGCUUCCAUAUUUUUUCUUACUUUAUACAUAUAAAGCCUUUGACAUAAGACUUUUUCUAACCUCUAUCAUUUAGUCACACUUAAGCAUAUAACUUAAGGGUAUUUUUGAAUUAAAGAAUAUUCAAAACUGGAAAAA